GCUCGGCGCCCGGCGGCGGGCACGGCCGGAGGGAGGGCGCGUUCCUCCCGCCCCACACCCAGCCGGGGAGCCGGAUAUAUAGCGUGUCAGGUUCGCGAGCGCCACGACCGGAGCGGCUGCCCGCAGCCCCGGGCGAGGAGCGACCGCCCGCCCUGAGGUGAGCCGCUCUCCACAGCCGGAGCCGCAGGAACCUCUCUGGAGCUACACAACAGAAAGGGAGGAAUCAUGUCCAUGAUUGCGGCUUUCUACAGCGGCAAGUCCAUCCUCAUCACAGGGGCCACGGGCUUCAUGGGCAAAGUGCUGAUGGAGAAGCUGUUUCGCACCAGCCCCGACCUCAAAGUCGUUUACAUCCUUGUGAGGCCCAAGGCUGGCCAGACGCUGCAGCAGAGGGUCUUCCAGAUCCUCAACAGUAAGCUGUUUGAGAAAGUCAAGGAAUUCUGUCCAAACGUGCACGAGAAGAUCCGAGCUGUUUCCGCGGAUCUCAACCAGAACGACUUCGCCAUCAGCAAGGAGGACCUGCAGGAGCUCCUCUCGUGCACAAAUAUCGUCUUCCACUGCGCGGCCACCGUGCGCUUUGACGACCAUCUCAGACACGCUGUGCAGCUCAACGUCACGGCCACCCAGCAGCUGCUGCUGAUGGCCAGCCAGAUGCCGAAGCUGGAAGCCUUCAUCCACAUCUCCACUGCCUUUGCCAACUGCAACCUGAAACACAUCGACGAAGUCAUCUAUCCAUGCUCUGUGGAGCCAAAAAAGAUCAUCGACUCCAUGGAGUGGUUAGAUGAUGCUAUCAUUGAUGAGAUCACACCAAAGCUGAUUGGAGAUCGGCCCAAUACUUACACCUACACCAAGGCCUUGGGAGAGAUGGUGGUGCAGCAGGAGAGCGAGAACCUAAACAUCGCCAUUGUGAGGCCUUCCAUUGUGGGAGCAACCUGGCAGGAGCCUUUCCCAGGUUGGGUGGACAACCUGAACGGACCUAGCGGGCUCAUUAUUGCGGCUGGGAAAGGGUUUCUUCGGUCCAUAAGAGCUACUCCGAUGGCGGUGGCAGAUUUAAUUCCAGUAGAUACGGUUGUCAAUCUCACCCUAGCAGUAGGAUGGUACACUGCAGUGCACAGACCCAAGUCAACAUUAAUCUACCACUGUACCUCUGGUAACCUCAAUCCCUGUAACUGGGGCAAGAUGGGAUUGCAAGUCUUGGCAACCUUUGAAAAAGUCCCAUUCGAGAGAGCUUUCAGGAGGCCAUACGCCGACUUCACCACCAACAACUUCACAACGCACUACUGGAACGCGGUCAGCCACCGGGCCCCUGCCAUCAUCUAUGACUUCUACCUGCGGCUCACCGGAAGGAAGCCUAGGAUGACAAAGCUGAUGAACCGGCUCCUGAGGACCAUCUCGAUGCUGGAGUAUUUCAUCAACCGCAGCUGGGAGUGGAGCACGUACAACACGGAAAUGCUGAUGUCCGAGCUGAGCCCCGAGGACCAGCGAGUAUUCAACUUUGAUGUGCGCCAGCUGAACUGGCUGGAAUAUAUUGAAAAUUACGUCUUGGGAGUUAAGAAGUAUUUAUUGAAAGAGGAUAUGGCUGGGAUCCCAGAAGCGAGGCAACACUUAAGAAGGCUCCGAAACAUUCACUACCUCUUCAAUACCGCCCUCUUCCUUAUCGUCUGGCGCCUUCUCAUCGCGAGGUCACAGAUGGCUCGGAACAUCUGGUUCUUCAUCGUGAGCUUCUGUUACAAAUUCCUCUCCUACUUUAGGGCUUCCAGCACGCUCAAGGCCUAGGAACAUGCGACACCCACCUUCCAUCUGGAACCUCUCAGAUACCUCGAACAGAGAACUGUGCUUGUCACUGUUAGGAAGUAACAAGGGACACGCCCAAGCUGCGAUGGCAAACGUGCUGUUGUUGGCCCAUCCUUUGACACAAACCCUUUGUGUUUCAGUGAGUGAAGGGGAACUAUACACUAGCCUAUAUCCACAGAUAUUUUAGGAAGCAACUAUUUCCAUCUUGUUUCAUAAAUAC